AUGAUAGUAGUUGUAGCUCAUCUUCCUGUUAUAGAACUACUACUCACUUCAUAUUUCAAUCAAAAUUUACCUCUUCAGCGGAAAGUGAAAAGUAUAAAUCUAAAUACAUCGAAAGUAGACAAACAAUUCGUUCAUUUCUCUACUUCAAAUCUAAAUUAUCCUAUAGUUACUGAUUCAGUAUUUAACUUAUCCGCAAAAACUGCUUGUAUUAUUCAUUUAUUCGAAACCUGCCAAGGAUCAGGUUCUCAAACAGAAGGAAAACUUUCUUUUUCAAAAGAUAGAUACAUGAAUACAUGGGUUUAUUCACCAUUAUUAACAGAAAAAUUUUCAACCUGUAAAUCAGUCGAAAUAGACAAUAAUAUUACAAUAGAUGACUCAUUAUUCAGACAAGGUCAAGGAAACUUCCACAUUCUUAAUUUCAAAAACACUUCAAUUCAAAUGUUGAAAAAAUCUCCUUAUCACAAGAUCUCUCGCAUUCACGAUUAUUACAACUACGUUUCUAAUGUCAAACCAAAUAAAUUACAGCUAAAAUCUAGAUACUCAAUGCUUUUACACUUUACAAAAGGUUUAGUUUAUUCAUUCUUGUUUUUAGUUGAUUGUUUUACAAAUUGUCCGAUGUUUAGAGAUACAGGUGUAUCAGAAAACCAUGAAGUUUGUCAAUUUGGUGACUUAAGAUUUAGAAUUUAUUUUAUUAAUAGCUCAUCACUUACAGGAAUUGGAUAUAAGGAUGGUAAUGUAAUAAAAGGUAGUUUAGGAAGAAUAACAAAUGGAAUUCAAGGUCUUUCUUCGAUGUAUCACGAUUACGACCUUUAUCAAAUAAUUUAUGCCUUAAGAAUAGGAAUAUUUGUACUUGUGUUCGAAGCUUUGAUUUCUAUUGAUGAUGAAAAGAAAAGACUUAAUUCUACAAUAGAUUUCAUCACAGCUUUGUAUACUUUUAAAUGUCUGGCAUUUAAUUCGAAGUAUUUUAAUCAAGUCCAUUGUCAGAUAUAUUUGGUCUUUUAUUUCAUUUAUUUGUUCAAAUUUAGAAAUUAA